AUGACGCUGGUGAGGCCUGAGACCCAGGGCCCUAGACCCCUUGGCACUCUGCCGGGGCUGCUGCUGCUGCUGCCGCUCUGGGCCCCUGCCCUGGCCCUCCUGGCCGGAACGCUGCCUUCAGAGACCCCGAGUGCCUGUGUCUCAGACCCAUGUGCUCCGGGGACACAGUGCCAGGCUACAGAGAGUGGUGGCUACACCUGUGGGCCCACAGAGCCCCGUGGCUGUGCCACCCAGCCGUGCCACCAUGGUGCUCUGUGCGUGCCCCAGGGUCCAGAUCCCAAUGGCUUCCGCUGCUACUGCGUCCCAGGUUUCCAGGGCCCACACUGUGAGCUGGACAUCAAUGAGUGUGCAUCCCGGCCCUGCCACCAUGGGGCCACCUGCCGCAACUUGGCUGAUCACUACGAGUGCCACUGUCCCCUCGGCUAUGCAGGCGUUACCUGCGAGACCGAAGUGGACGAGUGCGCCUCGGCGCCCUGCUUGCAUGGGGGCUCGUGCCUGGACGGCGUGGGCUCCUACCGCUGCAUGUGCGCGCCAGGGUACGGGGGCGCCAGCUGCCAGCUGGACGUCGAUGAGUGCCAGAGCCAGCCAUGCGCGCACGGGGGCGUGUGCCACGACCUGGUCAACGGGUUCCGAUGUGACUGCUCGGACACUGGCUACGAGGGUGCGCGCUGCGAGGACGAGGUGCUGGAGUGUGCAUCGGCGCCCUGCGCGCACAACUCGUCCUGCCUCGAAGGCCUCGGGAGCUUCCGCUGCCUCUGCUGGCCAGGCUACAGCGGCGAGCGUUGCGAGGUGGAUGAGGACGAGUGUGCAGCGGAACCCUGCCAGCACGGGGGCCAAUGCCUGCAGCGCUCCGAGCCAGCCCUCUACGGGGGCGCCCAGGCCGUCUUCCCUGGCGCCUUCAGCUUUCGCCACGCCGCUGGCUUUGUGUGCCGUUGCCCGCCGGGCUUUGAGGGGGAUGACUGCAGUGUGGACGUGGACGAGUGUGCCUCACAGCCAUGCAUCUACGGAGGCCGCUGCAAGGACCUGCCCAAUGGCUUCAAGUGCCACUGCCCAGAUGGUUACACAGGCUUGACAUGUCAGGAGGAUGUGGAUGAAUGCCUGUCGGAGCCCUGCCUCCAUGGUGGGACCUGUGAUGACAUUGUGGCGGGCUACAUCUGCUGGUGCCCAGAGGCCUGGGGCGGGCCCGACUGUUCUGUGCUGCUCACUGGCUGCCAGGGCCAUACUUGCCCAAUGGCUGCCACCUGCAUCCCCAUCUUCGAGUCCGGGGUCCACAGUUAUGCCUGCCACUGUCCACCUGGUACUCAUGGACCUUUCUGUGGCCAGAAUACCACCUUCUCUGUGGCAGCUGGGAGCCCUGUGCAGGCUUCAGUGCCAGCUGGCGACCCCCUGGGUCUGGCACUGCGGUUUCGCACCACAUUGCCUGGUGGUGUCUUGGCCACUCGCACUGAUACCCGCAACAGCUUGGAGCUGGCACUGAUGGGGGCAACCCUUCAAGCCACACUCAGGAGCCAUGGUGUCACUGUGCUCAUCUUGAGACUGCCAGACCUGGCCCUAAAUGACAGCCACUGGCACCGGGUAGAAGUGGCACUCCGCCCUGGGACCUUGGAGCUGCGGCUCUGGCACGAGGGCUGCCCUGCCUGGCUCUGUGUGGUCUCUGGUCCUGUGACAUUGGCUCCAACAUCUUCAGCAUCCUCAUCACCUGCGGGGCUCUGCACCACCCAGCUGGGUGGUGCGGCCUUUGCAGGCUGCCUCCAGGACGUGCGUGUGGAUGGCCACCCGCUGCUGCCUGAAGAGCUGGGUGAGAAUGUCCUCCUGGGCUGCGAGCGCCAUGAACAGUGCCAGCCUCUGCCUUGUGCCUAUGGAGGGGCCUGCGUGGACCUGUGGACUGACUUCCGUUGUGACUGCCCCCGGCCUUAUAGUGGACCCAAGUGCACUGAUGAGGUUCCCGCUGCUACCUUUGGCUUGGGGGGCACCCUGAGCUCUGCCUCCUUCCUGCUUCCUGAGCUGCCAGCCCCAAACCUCACAAUAUCCUUCCUCCUCCGCACUCGGGAGCCUGCUGGCCUGCUGCUCCAGUUUGCCAAUGACUCGGCAGCUGGCCUGACGGUGUUCCUGAGUGGAGGCCAGAUUCGGGCCGAGGCACUGGGCAGUCCCAUCCUGGAGCUGCCUGGGCACUGGGAUGAUGGGCUUCGCCACCUGGUGGUGCUCAGCUUUGGGCCUGACCAGCUGCAGGGCCUGGGGCAGCAGGUGUAUGUGGGUGGCAGGCUCCUCCCUGCUGAGUCCCAGGCCUGGGGCGGGCCCUUCCGAGGCUGCCUCCAGGACCUGCAAAUCAAUGGCUUCCACCUACCCUUCUUCCCACUGUCACUGGGGAACUCAAGUGAGCCCAGCGAGCUGGGCAACAGGCAGGCCUGGAACAUCACUAUGGGCUGUGUCUCAGAGGACAUGUGCAGUUCUGACCCCUGUCUCCAUGGUGGGACAUGCCUUGUCACCUGGAAUGACUUCCACUGCACCUGCUCUACCAACUUCACAGGGCCCACAUGUGCCCAGCAGCUGUGGUGCCCUGGUCAGCCCUGCCUGCCCCCUGCCACGUGUGAGGAGGUCCCUGAUGGCUUUGUCUGUGUGGCCGAGACCACGUUUCUCGAGGGCCCCCCUGCCGAGUUCAGUGGGCACAACCUGUCGGCGGCGCACACUUUCGGCGACCUCUCCCUGGCCUUCCGUACACGCGACCUGGAGGCCAGUCUGCUGAGCGCUUCCGCGGGCGCCCACGCCGCCGUCUGGCUGGCCGUACACAAUGGCUCGCUGGCAGCCGGCGUGCGCAGCGGUCGCGGCCUGCCGGGAGCCGUGCUGUCCGCGCCCGGGCCGCGCGUGGCUGACGGCGCCUGGCACCGCGUGAGCCUGGCCAUGGAGCGCCCGGCGGCCGCCGCGUCGCGCUGGCUGCUGCGACUGGAUGGCGCGGUGACACCCUCGGUGCUGAGCGGACUGGCAGGAGCCCUGGACUUCCUGCGCGGCCCAGGCGCCGCGCGCGUCCUGCUGGCGGAGAACUUCACGGGCUGCCUGGGUCGCGUGGCACUCGGCGGCCUUCCGCUGCCCCUGGCGCCCCCGAGGCCCGGCGCGGCGCCUGGCCUUGCACAGCGUUUCGCAGUACCGGGGCUGGGGCGCCAAGAGGCGGAGCCCCGGACGGGAGGGCCCCGCAGGCCACGCGGGGGUGGGGAAGCCUUGUUGCCCGUCUUGCCAGAAGAAUGCGGCCUGAACUUCCCCUGCCUCAAUGGUGGUCGGUGUGAAGUGGGGCCCUGGGGCGCCAACUGCAGCUGCCAGGAGGGCUUUGCUGGCCGGAGGUGUCAGAUCCCCACCCUCCCCUGUGAAGCCAACCCCUGUUUGAAUGGGGGCACCUGCAGGGCAGCUGGUGGCGAGCCUGAAUGUAUAUGCAGUACCACCUUCUCGGGCCAGUUCUGUGAAGUGGUGAAGGGCCUGCCCCUGCCACAGCCUUUCCCAUUGCUGGAGGUGGCCGUGCCUGCAGCCUGCGCCUGCCUUCUCCUCCUCCUCCUGGGCCUCCUGUCAGGGAUCUUGGCAGCCAGAAAGCGCCGCCAGUCAGAGGGCACCUACAGUCCAAGCCAGCAGGAGGUGGCCGGGGCCCGGCUAGAGAUGGACAGUGUCCUCAAGGUGCCGCCGGAGGAGAGACUCAUCUAG